CAGCUUUUGUGCCAUAAAAAUAUAUCAUCAGGAGCACAUUCAUAGCAGAUAAUUCAUAACAGAGCUGUUGAUAAAGUUUAAAAAUAUUGAAACAUGUCAAACCAAGGUGGAACCAUUAAGAAUAAAAAUUAUACUCCAAAUAUAUGUUGACUCCAACACAGCAAACUUAGAGUUGAAUGAAUGAUAUGAUGCUACUAUAGCUCCAGCUUCAAUUUAAGAAUGACAACCAGUAAUAGGCUAAAUAAUUAUCAAAAGCAUGGAUGUAUUAGAGGCUAGAGCAUACAUUUUUUCUACAUUCAAUUAAAACCGAUGGUGUUUCAGACAAACUUUCAGCCUUUCAUGCAGAUAAUAUAACAGGUAUCCUGCUUUAUGGACCAUGAAUGUUCUAGAAACUUAUGCAGAAAGGCUGCACCCACAAAUAAGACCUGCCACGCGCGGGUUUCCCAAAGAAUACCUGGAUUAGUAUCAAGAUUACGAUUAUUGACAUUUCAUAGUAUAGGCAAUUUCUAUAUUAUAUUUGCUAUCGUUUCACACUUUCAAUUUCAUACAUUAAUUGAUUUAUUCUUACUAAAACCAUCAGCUGAAAAGGAGAUACAUUACAACCAAUAAAAAUAGUGCAUUCUGAUUGACAACCAAAUAGACCAAUGACGACGAGCUAUGCAAGACAGCGGACCAAUGGGAAGCCUGCUAGCUGUUCAGAGGGGUGAGUUUUGACCUACGAUGGCAGCCGACAGCCGGAGCAAUCGUUGCAGCGGCUGCAAAUCACUAUCUAGUUUAUUUUCUACACGGAAUACAAUGCCUUGUAAAUCAUACUGGACUUUAGCUUUUCUGAUUGUUAUUGUAAGCCGAUGUUUCGCCGACGACGAUCACGAAAUGGAAGAGUUUCUGAAGCGGGAAUAUUCCCUUUCCAAGCCUUACCAAGGUGUGGGAUCUUCAGGCUCCUCCCACUGGGAGCUGAUGGGUGAUGCCAUGGUAACCGCCGACCAGGUGCGCCUCACACCUGACAUGCAGAGCAGGCAGGGGGCAGUGUGGAGCCGCCUUCCUUGCCAUCUUAAGGACUGGGAGAUGCAGGUGCACUUUAAGAUUCACGGACAAGGAAAGAAGAACCUGAAUGGUGACGGGUUGGCUAUUUGGUAUACUAAAGAACGCAUGCGGAAAGGUCCCGUGUUUGGAAAUGUAGACAACUUCACUGGCUUGGGUGUUUUUGUGGACACGUAUCCCAAUGAGGAGAAACACAUAGAGGCGCAGAAGAAGAGAUACACUCCUCGCACACAGAGGAUCUUCCCCUUCGUCCUGGCCAUGGUGGGGAACGGCAGCAUCAGUUAUGACCACGAGCGGGACGGACGGCCCACAGAGCUCGGUGGCUGCAACGCCAUGGUUCGCAACCUCAAACAUGACACCUUCCUCUUCAUCCGAUACAUCCGCCGAAGACUCACGGUGAUGAUAGACAUCGACGGGCAGCACGAGUGGAGGGACUGCCUCGACAUACCCGGGGUGCGGCUGCCCCAAGGCUUUUAUUUCGGAGCUACUGCGAUCACCGGAGACCUCUCAGAUAACCAUGAUAUAAUUUCCCUGAAACUCUACCAACUGACGGUGUUGCGGAGUAAAAAGGAAGAGCAAGAGGAGGAGGAGGAAGAGGAAAUAACCAUACCCAGCGUAGAUAACUUUGACCUACUCAGAUUGGGUCAGGUUGAAGAAGGGAUGAGUGGCAUCGCUAUUUUCUUCACCGUGCUCUUCUCCAUGCUGGGUUGCAUCUUCCUCAUCGUCAUCGGCCUGGUGGUCUACAGCCACUGGAACGAGAGCCGACGCAAGCGCUUCUACUGAGGAAGAGGGAGGGAGAGAGGAAAAACAAAACAAGGAGACAGUGAUUGUGAUAACUGCCUGCAGUCCACGGACCCAACUGCACUGAGACGAAAGUGAGAUCCCGCUGUCGGCCAGUAGAGCGCAGCAGGGUGUUUUUAUCCUGCCGACAAAACACUUUUGACAGCAGAGUAUCACCUGCCACAAGAAGCCAUUCUCCAACUUUUGCCAUUGGUUCGUUAUGAAGCUGUAGGAGGACUUUAAUUUUACACAUCCUCUGUCCUCAGAUCCUGCCUGAUACACACCAACUGGGCCUUACCAUCUCCACCUCUGUGCUUGUUACACGGCAGACAUGCAGUAUAUUACAUGACUUCUUCUGAGCAGCUACAUUUUCUUUUUUUUAUUACCUUUCGCUGCAUUUGACUUUCCACUAAUUUUCAGUGCACUGAUAUUGAUUUUAUGACUUUGAGAAAUAUAUAUAAGUAUCUGAUGAUGUGUUCCUACUCAUGCUUCGUUAACCAAACGUCACUGAAAACCCCACCGUACCCAAUCAUUUAGAGUCUGUGUAUGUAUAUAAUAUACAUAUUGUGUAUAUAUAGUAUUCUGCAUAUUCUUAUCCUGUAGUUGCUGUACUAUGCAUGGUUUGUUGAGGGUUUGUUUUUAUUUUUUAAAUCAUGGAGGCUACCACCGUUCUUUGUUUACAUCCUCUGUCUCAUUGAUGCAUGUGCUGGUGGCAAAGAUUUGUAUGUUUCGGAGGAAUAUUUAAUUUCCUUUAAAUAGAAUUUUUAUGUAUAUAUUUGAGAAAAAUUUGAGAAAAUGUAUCAAAUUUCUUGAUCGGUACAGAGCAAAUUCUUUUAAAUGUAUUUAAAAAUAGAUAUAUUUAAUGUCAGAAUAGGAGCUUUGCACUGAAAGGCAGCGUGGGGACGAUUAAAGAGGAUUUAAACUUAUUUAUUACAGCUGUAUUCCCCAUCGCUGAUACUUUUUAUCUGCAUAUUUAAUACAAAAAUGACUGAAAAAUGUGUUUCUUUUGUGUUAUAUGUAAAAACAUCACGUCUUGUUUUUGUGUUGAACUUGCGGUUUUGCAGUGGUUUGAACAAACCUGCUGAUUUGGCCUCAGGCUGCCUCUUUUCAAUCUAAGCGUUAAAUCGGUGGCUGACCAGCUGUUGUUGAUUCAGCCUCGUCUUCUUCUACAUGCUCUGGAUAUGGUUCCACGCCUUUGUCAUCAUCAUUGAUCUUUUGCGGUGCAUUGUUUUUGAUGUGUGUGAGGACUUCCUCAUUUCCUGUAGCCACUUUGACAACCGUCCUACCUUAUUUAUAUUUGUUUUAUUAUUUGUUUCCUUUUGUUUCUUGAUUUGUAUGAAAACUGUGUGCCUCAUGUAUCCAUUCACUGACUCUCAUCUACAUUUUCUAAUUCUUUGUUCUGAACUAUUUGCAUUGCCUCAUUAAAGACCGAACAAGAACA